AUAUAUUUUUCUGGGUGUGAGAUCGACAGGCAGAUCCCCACCAAAAUAAAUUAUUAAAUUCAACUUACAUAAAUAAAACCCUCAACAAUUCACCCCUCUUUUGUUUCUUUCAUUGGUCCAUUUUCAUUUUCAUUUCAUUUCAUUUUAUACAUAGAUACAUACAUAUAUAACUAAUAAUAAUAAUAAUAUUAUUAUUUCCUCUAAUAAUAUCCCCCACCGAUGGAUGCAUCUCCGGCUACUGUUGCAAACUCCGGCAACGACGUCGUCUCAGCUCCAUCACCAGUAGUAAAUGUCGGUGGCGGUGGUGGUGAAGACGGUGGGUCAAUCGGCGGUGGAUUUACUGAUGACGGUGACCGGAGUUCCGGCGGAAACCGGUGGCCGAAACAGGAAACAUUGGCGCUUAUUAGAAUCCGGUCAGAAAUGGAUGCGGUUUUUCGUGAUUCGAAUCUCAAAGGUCCGUUAUGGGAUGAGGUUUCCAGAAAACUGUCGGAGCUUGGAUAUCACCGGAGUGGGAAGAAAUGCAGGGAGAAAUUUGAAAACGUGUAUAAGUAUCACCGGCGGACGAAGGAUGGCCGGAGUAUGAAAUCCGACAAAAUUUAUCGAUUUUCCGAUCAGUUGCAAGCGUUGGAAUCGAAUAAUCGGGGGAUGUUUGGGUCUCCGGAGCCACUUGCAGUGAAACCGCCACCGCCAGGGUUUGUGGCGAUGGCGGAUAAUGGGGCUGUCCGGUCACCAUUUAAUGGGACCGGACCCGAUCAAGUUCAAAACAAUGUGAGUCCGAUUUCGGUUGCAGCACCGGCGGUGGGGGCAUUGCCUCCACCGCCGGUGGUGAAUAAUAAAAGGAGCUUUCCUUUUUCAACCACGAAUAUGUCGGGGUCGACUGAUUCGGGUACAUCGUCAGAUAGUUCUGACGAUGAGCCACCACAGAAAAAGAGGAAAUGGGAGGGGUUUUUCGAGAAGUUAUUGAAGGAAGUGAUCGCGAAGCAAGAGGAACUUCAGAUGAAGUUUCUUGACACUCUUGAUAGGCGGGAGAGAGAUCGGGUGGCGAAGGAGGAGGCGUGGAGAGCUCAGGAGAUUGCGAGGAUGAACCAAGAACACGACCGGUUGGUCAAGGAAAGAUCGAUUGUAGCAGCGAAAGAUGCUGCGAUUGUCACGUUUUUGCAGAAGUUGGUCGGAAAAAGCGUCGAUGCGAUUCCGGUGGUACUCGAUAAUGAAGCAAGAAAAAAGCUCACAGAUGUACCAGAACAGCAAAUACAGCAAACGCCGGCUCGACAGCUGCCACCGCCAGCUCAACCCCGUGAAACUCCUCUGCCAGUUGUAUCGCCAACAGCGGUGAAAACCCCCAAUGGCGGUACCGGGCCGGGAGAAAACAAUAUAUUAUCUCCUAGCCCAUCUCGCUGGCCGAAAGCCGAGAUAAGCACAUUGAUCACUCUCCGAACGCAGCUUGACGCCAAGUAUCAAGAAAACGUGCCUAAGGGGCCGCUAUGGGAGGAGAUAUCGGCCGCGAUGAGGAACCACGGAUACAACCGGAAUGCAAAACGUUGCAAAGAGAAAUGGGAGAACAUUAACAAAUACUACAAGAAAAUCAAGGAAAGCAACAAGAAGAGACCUGAAGAUGCGAAAACAUGCCCGUAUUUCGACCAGCUCGAUGCUAUAUAUCGAGAAAAAUCUACUGCUAUUGUUGUUGCUCAACCAGAGCGUCAGUGGCCCCCACCGGCCACUACUACUGUGGUGGUGGAAAACCCACCAACACAGCAAUGGCCGGUUGGGACCAAUAUUGUUCACGUGGCGAAAGGCGGCAGUCAUGAGCUGACGCCCUCCGCUACGGGUCAAAAAGCUGAUCCACCACGACAACCACCGCAGUCGUCAGCCGACAUGGAGGAUCAAGGGAGUGAGGAAUAUGAUGAUUUUGAUGAAGAUGAUGAUGGUGAUGAAGAUAAGGAAGAUGAACAUGGUGUGUAUGAAAUUGUUUCCAGCAAGAUGUCUUCAAUGGCUGCUGUCUAGAGAGAGAAACUUAGAGAGAGAAAGUGCAAAUGGAGAUGUGGGUCAUCCGCAAACGGGUCGAGUUCGGGUUUGGUUGGUGACAGUUUGGACGAAGACACAUGGGGUGACUAGGUGAGAUGAUAAUAUUAUUUCAAAACUAUUUUUAAUAAUAAUAAUAAUAUAUUCUUUUACAAGCUCAAAGUAAAUCAUUAUUGAUAUCAAACACCAAUUGUUUUUGUGAUUUUUAUAUUUCUUUUUCUCUUUUGUGAAAUUGUUUUAUAAUAUUUUAAAUUGUUGCUUUACAUUGACAACUCAUGUUAGUUCUGUAACUAAGAAUAGAAUAUUGUUUGGAUGCAUCUCAA